AUGAUAUCAACGUUGAAAACGAGGUUGAUACCCAAGGCGAAGACAAGUAUGACAACAGAACAUCCACUUUUAACUUCAGAGUCAGAUGAUAUUCCAAAUGGAGGCGCAAAAUCCGCUUUCCUCAAAGAUGUAUCUAAAAAGAUGGCAGACGUUCUGAGCUUCGUCGAUUAUGACACCAUGCGUAGAUUGUGUAUGCUGCUAAAUCCACCCGAUGUAUUUGGCAAUGACUGGCGGAUGCUUGCCGAUAAGAUGGGAUUUACAUUUCUCGAGAUACGUAAUAUUCAACAGCGCGAGAAAAAUCCGACACAGGCACUACUGUUGGUGUAUAAAACACGCACGGGUAAAGGUAACAAAGAACUCCUUAAUGACCUACAUGACUACACUUUAUCAAUGGGUCGAGAGGACUGCGUUACACUUUUAAAGCAUGUAUUGGAGGGUGAAGAUGGGGACGAUUUGAAGAUCGAUAUGUCUGCGCUAACGUGUGGACAGGAUAGCAUUCUUACUGAACAAAUAAUAGAUGCUUCCGAGUUUUACUACGGCCGGUUAUGCUGUUUAUUGUUAAAAGAAGGCACUGAGCAGAUAAGAGAAUAUUUGCUGAAUAACUUGCCAUAUGGAUUUGACAACAUAUUCGAUGUGUUACGCAGCAAAACAUAUAAGAUGCAGUUCCGACUUCUCAGAGAACAGGAAAAGCUAACCCAGAACCAAUUUAACACCCUGUACCCGCCAUCUUGUGCAGCAAACCCCUCUGUCUUUGACCAGGAAUUACUGUUUGUCUUGAUCAAGCAUCUCAUCAAAAAGAACGACUUGGACUGGCGCAAGUAUCCACAGGUGGACAAAAUCGAUCCAGAAUAUGACGUCAUCAGAUUGAGACAUUUACGUCAUCGGCUUAUACACAAAUCAAAAAGAGAUCUAAGCCAAAACGAAUACGACCAACUUUUCGGUGAAAUUUCUCAGAUUUUAUUGAGAAUGGGGCAAAGCCCGGAAUCCAUACGCAAAUACAGCGAUCGUGUACCAAUAUCUGAUAUUCCAGACCUGAAGCAAGAGUAUUCCAAAGCGGUGGCACAGUUGAAGGAAGAAUUUAUCAGAGCCACAAUGGCGGUGGACUUUACCCCUACUCGAAAGUUCAACAGAUUCAUGAUUCUCAUCACUCUAUGUUUUGUUACGAUGAUCAUAGGAAUCUCGAUGUUUGUUGGCAUUUAUCUGUCCAAUAAACCCAAUGGAAGAUCAAAAUGUGCUGAAAGCCCGGUGUCUAUAACCAACAAGGAAUCGGGUAUGUUCCGCUAUAAGAGCAGAGAAACAUGGGGUGCGAGACCUCCGAUUAGUCCACUGACGCGUUUUAAGAAACCAGUUAAAUACGUCAUCAUAAUACACACAGCUGGCCUUGAUUGUGUUGAAAUGGUUGAUUGUUGCCAGAGCGUUGUUGAAGCACAAAACAUACAUAUGGAUAAGAAAAACAUGUCUGAUAUCGGCUACAAUUUCCUAAUCGGUAAUUAUGGUGUUGUAUAUGAAGGACGGGGAUGGCGCUUUGAGGGAGAACACUCCAGAGGCUGGAACAACCUAUCAAUUGGAAUUGCAUUUAUUGGUGAUUUCCGCAUGAGACUACCGGAUAAGAAAGCAAUGCAAGCGCUCGAAGAAAUUCUUUUCUUCGGAAUCCACAAUCGGUAUUUGAAGCAAAAAUACAUUAUGUACGGCCAUUGCCAGGUAGCGCCUUAUUUGAGUCCAGGGGAGACUCUCUACAAUGAACUAAUGAGGUGGCGUCACUGGAAAUACCGCAACGUAACAUCAGACGCAAAGCUAGAGGGAAACAGAACAAGUUAUUGCUUUGACAAGAAACCCCCACAAAUGGUAGCAAUUCCUCCUUGAGCGUGUAUAAGCUUGGAAAUUACGAACAGUUCGGAAAUCAUCUUGUUUGUCACUCCCUGAGGGUACUAUACACUUCACUAAGUAUUCCAAUGACGAACAUAUUCAGAG